GGCUGUAUAUGUGUUUCGGCAGUCGAAUCCAAGACCUCUCUUGGCAUGGACAAAGGACUGUUCCCACGAAGUUUUGCUACAGAAUAUGACGCCAGCUUUCAAGCUGUUUGUCAUCAUGCGUCCACUCAGUUGCUGUCAAUUCAGGAGCAGGAGAUCUGAGCGUACUGAAAGUUCAAGUUAGGUAUUGAUGAAUGAGGCCAGUGGUCUUGCACAUGGCCUACUUGGCCCCUUGCAGGGCCGUUGCCACGGCACUGGGCUGUCAUUGGGUGUCGCGGCCUUCAAUUGCACCCCCAAGUCUCAGCGGCCUCAAUUGCAUGCAGGGGUGGUACCACCCCCAGAAACAUGGCGUUGCUCGAGGAGGCGCCAUGAUCAACAAAGAAAUCCCCAUGGCAGGAACAGUAGUGAAUAGCCCAUGUCAAUAAUAGAGUUUGUCCUUGUCGUUUAUCUCAUUUGUUUGCAAGAAACUUUUCUCUCUCGAAAAU